CUCGGACUGGGUAUAUAUAGUCUCGCCUCAGCUUACAGUCACUAUCUACAUCUUGUCUUCACUCAGACAACGUCCUCAGCCCGUCAUCACUCAGCCAUCAUGAAGCUCGUAAUCUUCGCCUGCCUCGCCGCCGUCGCUGUCGCCGCCCCCCAGUUUGGUCGACAGUUCAUCCAGCGGGACCGCCCACUUCGACCAGAAUACCGACCCAUCGCCAUCUUGAGGGACAACAGGUACGAUAACGGCGACGGCAGCUUCAGCUACGACUUCGAGGGAGAGAAUGGCAUCUUCGCAAGCGCUGUUGGCCGUCGAAGCUCACAGGGCCAGAGCAACAUUGAGGGCUCCUACAGGUUCACCCUCCCUGACGGCACCCUGGCUGAUGUCCGUUAUAUUGCUGAUGAGAACGGCUUCCGCGCUGAGUCCCCGCUGAUCCCCACCCCUCACCCCCUCCCCGCCCACGCCGUCGAGCAGAUCCGCGUCGCCGAGGAGCAGCGCCGCCGUGGCAUCAUCUGGGAUUAGGACACUGGCCAAGAUAUAUCUUACCACCGAAACUUUAGUAAAGAGUAGGACGUGGCGGUGAGGACGACGUCUACCAAGAGGAACAGGAAGUAGCUGCCACCUGAGUCCACCUCGCCUGCUGCAGAAUGCUUCUUGUUCCAUCGAAAUAAAGAGAAGAUUAUGCUAAA